AUAUACGAAAACCCAUAAUCUCCUCCUUUUCAUUUUACCUUCCACUUUCUCUCUCUAACAUCCCUCCCUCUCUCUCUAAGAAUUAAUCGUCGUUCUUGCCGUCACGCUUCCUCCAUUUCCGGUGCAUCUGUUCUCCUCCGUCGCCGUCGGUGCUAGGUUUUGUAGUUGUUAUAGACAGAGAGUAGGUUAUUAUGGGACAACAAUCGUUGAUCUACAGUUUUGUGGCUAGAGGAACAGUGAUUCUGUCGGAAUACACGGAAUUCACCGGUAAUUUUACUAGUAUCGCCGCUCAGUGUCUCCAGAAGCUUCCUGCCACCAACAACAAGUUCACCUACAACUGCGACGGUCACACCUUCAACUACCUUGUUGAAGAUGGAUUCACAUACUGUGUUGUUGCGGUUGAAUCCAUUGGCAGACAGGUUCCAAUCGCUUUUCUUGAGCGUGUCAAGGAGGACUUCACCAAGAAAUAUGGUGGUGGGAAAGCUGCAACAGCUGUUGCCAACAGUCUCAACAAAGAAUUUGGCCCCAAGCUGAAGGAACAAAUGCAGUAUUGUGUGGACCAUCCAGAAGAGAUCAGUAAGCUUGCAAAGGUGAAGGCUCAGGUUACAGAAGUUAAAGGAGUGAUGAUGGAAAACAUUGAGAAGGUUCUUGAUCGUGGAGAGAAGAUCGAGAUUCUGGUAGAUAAAACAGAGAACCUUCGCUCUCAGGCACAAGAUUUUAGGACGCAAGGUACUCAGAUUAGAAGGAAAAUGUGGUUGCAGAAUAUGAAGAUAAAGCUGAUAGUGCUUGGAAUCAUCAUCGCCUUGAUACUGAUUAUAGUCCUAUCGAUUUGUGGUGGCUUCAACUGUGGCAAGUGAUGAUGCUUUAUCCAUAUCAUCAUCUUUCUUUCAUUCAUGAAUGAUAAAAACCAUUUCUUUUGAAAUUUCUUCUUUUUUUGAUCUGUUGAAUUCUACGUAAAAGCGCUUAUAUUGUUUGUAUAGCUUGUAUUUUUGAUAUAUUAUUAUAUACUAGGAAGGUAAACUCGAUUUCAUCUUUAUUAUUAUU